CCCUCCCCUCCAACAGAGUCACUCCGCUCGCAGCUUCCUGUGUCACGUCUUGUUCGACAACAAGCUCAGCUAGCUAACGUUAGCUAGCUAGCAGGUCAUUUAUCAACCCCUUUAGCGGUACUUCGGCUCGCCAUGGCGGAGGGUAGCGGUAACGUUAACGUCAGUCCGGGCGACCUUCCACCGGGAGACCCGCAGUUAAUCGGUAUGAUCGUGGAGCAUCUGAAGAACCACGGGCUUUUCGACGAGUUUCGCCGGGAUUGUCUCGCUGACGUUGAUACGAAGCCCGCCUAUCAGAACCUGCGACAGAAAGUCGACAACUACGUGACGUCGCACCUGAGCACGCAGGACUGGAACCCGUCCAUCAACAAGAACCAGAUGAGGAACGGGCUGAGGCAAAGUGUUGUUCAGUCGGGUAUGUUGGAGUCGGGCGUGGACAGGAUCAUCACUCAGGUCGUCGACCCCAAGAUGAAUCACACUUUUCGGCCGCACAUAGAAACAGCAAUUCACGAUUUCUUGUCGGGGGAGAAGAGGGACGAGAGCGCCUUCAGUUCUAACUCUGCACCGUCUGAGCAGUUGGAGCUGCAGGAGGCCCCCCCUCCGUCUGGCCCCAAAACCCCUAGCAUGCCGGCCCACGUGUCCGCGCUGCUGUUUCUGCUCGUGCUCCGUCAGCAGGUGCUGACCCUGGAUCUGCGAGAUGCCCACGAGAAACAAGGGAGCCAAGUGAAAAAGCGCCUGUCCGCGCAGAGCGCAGCCGAGAUCCAGAGUUGCCUGGUGAGUUCAGGGGACGUCGGCUGUGGGACGUUUCAGUGUUUUAACAACAACUCCUGUGAGAUCCAAGGGCUGCACCACAUCUGUCUCACUUUGCUGCACAACGCGGGCUGCUAUGACUCACAGGGAAAGUCCUUUGUGAAGGAAGCGUUGCGGUGCAUGGCACUGGGUCUGAGGCAGCGCUUCAGCUGUGUGAGCCGCCGGUGCUCAGCGGUAAAAGAGAUGGUGUUCUCACUGCAGAGGGAGUGUUACUCCAAACACCAGCUCUGCCUCGCGCCACAAGACCACAUGGAGACUAUGGGCAACCUGGUGCAGUUCCACCUGAUGUUCCCCCCGGGACCGCACGUGGAGCUGAUGAACUUCCUGCUGCGGUGCGGAGACUCGGUCGGGUCGUGGGUCGGGCAGCGGCUGCGCGCGCAGUGCGAGCACCACUGGGGGGCGCUGUGCAGCAGCUUCGGCAGCACCUGCUCUCACAGCCAAGCAGACACUCUGCAGGACAACACCACCGCCGCCGCACCACCACCACCACCCGUCGGGUCCUGGCAUGGCACAAAUCAAGCGCACCUGCGGCAGCCGACCGAGGUGUCCGAACCAGAGCCCAGGGAAGCCCUGAGUCGGAACGACAACCAAUCUGAGAAAACCAAUGCGACCUCUGUGUGAAGAGGCGGGCGGGUCAAGCAUAGGUGCUGCUAGGCUACACGGGAGUUAUUAGUAUUACACCAGCAGUGGUGGUGGUUUUUUAGUGUCUCAUUGCCGCUGAAAGCAAUGUCACCAUAACUUAUUAAAUAUGUUGGGAGUCUAUGCUAUAGUCAUAUUUUUUACAUUUUACUUCGUACAAGGGUGAAAACCAUUUGUCUACCUCACGUCAACGUCACAGUAAACUGCAGUCACUGCAUCCUGCAGCAAAGGGCAGUGAAACACCCCAGAGAUUCAGCUGCUAUCUCAAAGUCAGUAUUCUGACUAUUUAAAAUCAGUUUUUUUUUUAUUGUGCACCAUAAAGUGGACAAGCUAUCGAACGGCAUCUUGUAGAGAGUCAGGGUUCAGUCUGCAGGAAGGAAAGCACUCUUUGUCCAUGAUGCCAUAAAUAUGUGUUUUUGAUGCUAUACUUGACUCACAUUUCAUACAGACCACAGGUUUAAAGAUAUGUAUUGUAACUUUUUAUUUUAACAAAUAAAAAAAAUACAUAUUCAUACCAUAGACUAUGUAUUCCAAUUGAAAUUAAAUAAACGUCAACAACUUGA